AUGUUACCUCUUCCGUGGUGGAUUCUGGGGACCGCGCCCUUCGACGAAGAAGAGCAAAUUGACCGAACUGUGGAAGAGUGCAUUCCGAAUGUGAGUGCUUUACAGAAGAAAUUUCGAAAACACCCAUAAAUGUUUCAGCUGGAAAUUCAAGAAUCGAUGCCUUCGACACCGAUCUCUUUGUUCCGAACUCCACAUUCAACAGUGAGUCACUCAGUUCUCGUAUUUAUAAUCGCAUUAUUAAUUUCAGCCGUUUGCGGAAGCUUCCGAUGAACUUCCCAAAAUUGUGAAUCUCUCCACAUUCCUCAAAGUCGCCAAAAGACGUUCUUCGACGACGAUGGAGAGCGGAACUCCGAAACUCAAGAAGACUGUGAAACGACCUAGUGCUGAAAAUAAGACCAGGAACAGUUUUGAACGGAAAGAAACAGAAGUGAUGAACAAAACGAAUGACGGAUUAUCCCUUAUAAAUCUGAAUGAUACUCUCCGGUACGAUUGACACAGGUCCUUUCGUCUUGUACUUAUUUUUCAGAUUCUUCAAUUCGGAAUCUCCACGCGCCGAAAGCCCUAUUCUCAGCAACAAAAUUAAUGACUCAUUUGAGAAUGUGAGCAUUCUGAAUCACACAAACCCAUCAUUCGAAGAAAACGAAAAUGCGAAAAACGAGGAGGAGCAGAGUUCCUUGGAAUUCCCGCCUCGCAAUUAUCCCAUGUUCUUCACUUCGUUCAACGACACGACCGUCGUCUUCAACACGACCAUAUCUGGAGACUUCGACGCCGGACAGAACGAAAAGAAUGCGGAAGUCGAGAAUUGGGUGUUCAAGGGAAACAAGUUCUUGGAUGAGAGUGUGAGUUGACAUGCAAAGAUAAGAACACCAGUCAGUCAUUGUUUCAGAGACAAAAGAAGACUCCGGGCAGAUCUGUUUUCAAAGAGCCAGUCAAGAACCAAACGGUUUCCCUUAAAAAUCAGGUUAUCAAGAAAUACAUUAUCAAGAAGUUAGCGAAACUGUUUUCAGAAAGUUUUACCUCGGUCUAAGCUUGAAAAUGCUACUAUGAAGUAAGUUCCGAGUGCAUUUAUUCGCUAGAAGAUUCCUUGUUUUCAGAUCCGACCAGCCAUCGUGAGUUUGUGUCUCCGUCCUUUGACCGAAGCCAAACCAAUUUGGCCAGUUUUACGUUUUCUGGGACCUCCGAAAUAGUAGAAUGAGGUUCAGACGACGAGAAUGAAGGGGUUUGCAAGUAGACGGAAGAUUCUGAUAAGGAAGAGAGAGAACUCCACGUGUCCAGUUCGACUGCUUCCAUUUCUGAAACCGGAUCCCCUUCCAGAAGCAUUCCGUCCGCAUCCAUCACGUUCGGUUCUUCGACUUCAAGAAUAGUGUCCAACGGAUACGGUGGUUCGUCAGUCAGUGCCGCGUCCCUUUCGUAAUGUUUAUCAGCCGGUUCCGUUUGGUUAGUCUUGUACAAUCCGAGACGUACUCUGAUCCCUUUCUUAUUACAAUAGUUGCGAAGUCUGCAAGCAUUUUAAGAGGUUCAUACUCGAGUUUUCACUUACAAUUUGUAAAUUUGGAUGAAAAUAGAAUUGAAAAGCUGAACGAAGCUCAUAACAGAGCUGCCAACGAAAAGGCCAGCUUGUCCUCCGAGUUCCGAGAUGAAUCCGGCUGUGCUCGUCGUUCUGAUCUCCUUGUACUGUUCGUAUUCCAAAAAAGUGAAACUUGCUUCGAUUCGGAACAUGUAAGACGGAUCAGGAUCGUAAUCGAUACUAGUUGUCAGCUGAACUGUAUUUUCUAUGCGAGAACAUGCGGGAGUGCACUUGUAUCCGAUUGUAGAUGGAGUCAGACUGAUGUUCGCAAAGUUAUUGACAAUUAUGUCUGGUUCACAAAUAGGCACAUCCUUGAGAUACGGCAACUAGAUAUACUUUAUCUUUAGAAUGUAUUCUCUUGGUGAGCCUACCAUGUACUUGUAGUAUGGAACUGUACAAUUGUACUGAUCCACCAGUUGCAUGAGCCAUUUGUAAACAAAACAUGUGAACUUUCCUUGAUAUAUUGGCGCAGUGGAACAUCUGUCGUCACUUUUCGGAAGAAGAAUCAUUGACUUCUGGUAGUAUCGAAUUCGAUUCCAAUCGUUGCUAUUCAAGUAAUAUCUCGGGUACAUUCCGACUUCUUCACUCGAAUCGCCAUUGUACAAAACUAGUUGCGGCUAAAAUGAUGUUCAUUUAGGGUAAUAGACGUUUGCUUACUAGAACGCCGCUGUUCAAAAUAGGACUAGUCAUGUUAUUGAAAAAUAUAGAGACUUUGGAUACUUCGUCAGUGUCGUUUUGGUAAUAGUUGUCGAUGAGACGGAAGCACCUGAGUAUUCUAGUAUUCGAAAAUACUUUUGUGUGUUUAAAACCUUCCACGAAGCAUCGCAUAAGUCGGUCGAAAUAUAUGACAACAAUUAUAUGUGACACUGCCACCGUAACAUGUCUGGAACAUGUCAUUGCAAGUGAAUCCAUUUUCAUUGUACAUGAAAUCGAACAGUUCGUAUUGUGUACGAUCUCCGCGCCAUCUCAAGUAGUACGAAUGAAUUGUGGAUCUAGACAGAAGAGCUUAAAAGUGACAUAUUUGCAUAAAAACCUGUAAGUUUCGUUAAAUAAGUCCGCUUCUGCAUUAUCGAAUCCGAAUCCAGUCAUGGCAUAUUGCAAAAUAUGGAAAUUGGUACUGUUUUCCAAGUAACCGAGGUGGUUGUACAUAUCUGUGCAUAAAUGUAAUCAAAGUUAGAUCAGCAAUUUAACCUUCCAAAACGUUGUAAUAGUUUAUAAAAUCAGGAUUCCGAGGACAAAAAACCAUUGUAGGGAACUUGAGUUGCUUGGUCUGAAGCGUGAUCUUUCGAUUGGAUUUUAAGUCGUUCUCACGGGUAGAAUAGUCAACAGUGUCGUCGUCGCCUGCUCCCCGUACUGCUUCAGAAUCUGGGUUGUAUUGUUAACCGACCAACCAGCACACGCCAUUAUGACCCCCGCCCAGAAAACCUUCUCCAUCAGCGAGUUAGACAUCAUAAAAGCGGAUAGACCAUGAAGCUCUCGAAGCCAAAGAUAUUUACAGUUACAGUGGAAUUUCGCAAUUUUCAUUGCUGGGUCGUAAUUAGUGGUGUUCGCCGAUGCUAUUGUUAUCGGCGAUCUGGAAAAGAAUCCAGUUCAACCAAAAUAUACGAGCUCACAUGAACAUUUCGUUGUCAGGAGGCGGUUUCGUUCUGUACAUAUUUCUCGCAAUGUGCGGAGUUCGACCAGUUUGAUCGGUCUGAUGGCCACAGCUGCAUUUCUGAAUUUAAGUCUUUUUAAGAAAAGAUACGGGCAGAAUUACCUCUUGUGACAUCGGGAAAAAGAGUAAAGUCGUGUUCUUGUGCACCCCGUGAGUAGCCACAAAGAAAUAAUUUAUGAGAUUUGUUAUAUUGAAACCAUAUCAGGUUACCAUUCAUUAACGUGCUUGCAGGACUUCGUCUCAUUGCCAGGAAACGACAGAAACGCCAUCUGGUGAGUGACCAGCCACCGGACCACAACUCUUCUUUUUCAGCUUCGAGAAAGCCUGUCGCGUUGGAGAGAAGACAGACGCCGUCGAGAAAGGCGAAAACCUACAAGAGUCUGAAGGGAAUGUUCUGA